GAGUUGGUUUUCAGUGCGACAGGAAACGCAAAUAUGAAGAAGAAGAUUGCUCGCACUGGACGCACACUAAACCUUACUUUUCACUUUUAAAUCUUACACCAGAAGUAAAGUUAGGACGAGCUUACGAGCACUUAAAUGCAGCAUAAAUGAUAUGAGAGGUCGGUGACUUCCAGACAGACGCAGAUAUUUUGUUUCCUGCUGGUGUGAAGACGGAGCGGCUGACUGACUCAACAUGACAACGCCGGUGUCUGUGCUUCGCCUGCCCAGAGGACCCGACCCCAACAGCCGAGGAUUUGACCCCAGUUCACCUCGCUUCAUCGCCCUCUGUGCCGCCUCCAUCCCCACCUCCGCUGCGUCGGCGGCGGACCCUGCCCGGCUGCAGGAGGAGCAGCGGGCUCGCUCCGUGCUGAGAGAAAGCUUCCUCAGAUGUCUCCUAUCCAUGUCGAACAAGAGGGUUCAGUUCCACAUGUACGAGAAGGUGAAGGUGGAGGCCACGUUUGGAGCGUCUGACAUCGACGUGCUGAACUUUCAGGUGUCCGACCUGCAGACUCCCAUCGGGGUGCAGAAAGAGGCGCUGAUCCGCUGUCAGGACGUGAUUUCAUACUGUUUUGAAGUGUGAGCGCCUGAGCCUUGUGUUCACUGUUUAAAAUGAAAAAAUGUCAUUCGGUGUAAAAUGACUCGUUUGUUUUGCCUGAAGUGGCUGCUCUGCUUUCGGUGUUCAUGGUUAUGAAGUUGGCUCUGUUUUGAUGGGGCAAACAUGGCCUGCAUUAAGUAUAGUUGACUUGAUCAUGUUGCCAUGUGUGACUGCACUGGAAAAACAAACCCUGGCACGCAGUCCCCUUUUCCCAGCACUAGAGGGAGUUGUAUACCUUGUUCAUCUAUUUCAGGAGUAAUGUGAAAGCCUCAUGUGCUGUUAACUGAGGCUUAAACCAUUUGACCUCAAGGCCACCAGCACUGCUGCCUCCCUGUGAAACGUGUCAAAUGGGGCUGGCAAACAAAAUCAGCUCGAAUUCUGGUAAUGAAAUUAUUGGUGUUUCUCUCGCAUUUAAUUAUUUACCUGAGGCAAAUUAAAUGUUGUAUUUUUUUCUUUUGAAUAAAAUAUUUUUUGUAUUUGAAAAUUAAUUGUGGAUUUAGUCUGGAUAACUUUAAAAAAAAAAAAAAUCAUUUCUGAGCAUUUGGUCACCAAAAUAAAUUUCCCAGAGUCAUUCUUGAUUAAGCAAC